CGAUCGCGAGACCGCGCACUGCUCGAACGGGUUGGGCUACGCGCGUCUGCUCCGCGCCCGCUGUCACUGGGGCUCAAACGCCGCGCUCGCGGUGAACAACCCUCAACCGGCAGUGCUCCUCCUUCACCCCCGGAGCGACGACACCCCGCCCCGCACUCCCCCCGUCAGCUGUCGGCGGCGUGCUCCCGCGCGCGCGACUCACGGGGCUGCCGAGGCUGGACCAGGGAGGCUGCCACCGUCGCCGCCACCCCCGACACCCACUCUCCCCCCUUGUUCGCGAGUGAAUUUCGAACGAACCGACUACUCGAACGACGCUGCUGCGAUUUGGCAUUGGAUACGACGUCGCCGACUCGGAUACUCUGUGAUUGCAAGGACGCCCCGGGCCCGCCGGCGCGCCGCCCGACUACGAUGUAAGCCCGCGCCCGUGCAGGCCUCGCGGCUCCAUGUCUGACGGCGGCGGCGCCGGGGGCGGCGGGGGCAACCCCAUGACCCCCGCGGGGGUGGCGGGCCCCAACCAGGCCGCCCCCGAGGAGGGCUACCUCCUCAUCCAGGUGCACGUGCCCGAGCUCAACGUGCAGAAGUGCCUGCAGUUCCCGCGCGACCAGCUGGUCUGGGACGUGAAGCAGCAGUGCCUAGCCGCGCUGCCCAAGGUCGCCACGUGGUUCAGGGAGUUAAAAGAAAGCUUUAACUACGGACUCUUCUCUCCCCCUGUCAAUGGGAAAGCUGGAAAAUUCCUUGAUGAAGAACGGAGGCUUGGGGAUUAUCCUUUCAAUGGGCCCAUUGGUUAUCUUGAGCUCAAAUAUAAGCGCCGUGUGUACAAGAUGUUAAAUUUGGAUGAAAAGCAACUGAAGGCCCUUCAUACACGAUCAAACCUUCGACGUCUUCUAGAUUAUGUUACUCAUGGUCAAGUGGAGAAAAUAACUAAGAUGUGCUCUAAAGGGCUGGAUCCAAAUUUCCACUGUCAAGAAACUGGAGAAACGCCCCUCACAUUGGCAGUGGGUAUCAAGAAACCUGGAAAAGUUUUGAUGGCAUUAGUAAAUGGUGGUGCUAUUCUUGAUUAUCGGACCCGAGAUGGCUCUACAGCCAUGCAUCGCGCGGUGGAGAAGGGCAGUUUGGAGGCAUUGACCACUCUGCUUGAGCUUGGGGCAUCACCUAAUUACAAGGAUGGGAAAGGUUUGAGCCCACUGUAUUUGACGGUGACACAUCGUACAGACCCAAUGCUCGCACAAACACUCCUCCAUGAUAGAGCUGUGAUCGGUGCUCAGGACUUGCAAGGAUGGCAGGAAGUGCAUCAGGCUUGCCGCAAUGGACUUGUUGUCCAUUUAGAACACCUCCUCUCAUAUGGAGCAGAUAUGAAUUCCAAAAAUGCCUCUGGGAACACACCUCUUCAUGUGUGUGCUGUCAACAACCAGGAUUCAUCAGCAAGAAUGCUGCUGUUUCGGGGUUGUCAGAGGGAUGCCCUAAAUUAUGCCAAUCAGACUCCUUAUCAAGUUGCUGUGAUUGCUGGCAAUCUAGAACUUGCAGAGGUGAUACAAAACUUCCGAUCUGAUCAAGUUGUCCCUUACCGAGAGCCCCCCCAAUUCAACCCACGCAGGAGAAGAUACUCUGAUAUCUAUGGCACCAGCUUGGUAACAUCUCCAUCUACAACUAGCAACUUGGAUGCUGUUCUCCUACCCCCCUCCCCGUCCCUGUCAAACAGAUCGGUACCCCCAUAUAGUUAUGCUUCAUCCUCGAUGAGUGAAACUUCAAGUGGUUCCUCAACUCAACCAAGUGUUGGAGAAGACAGCGUCAGCAUUAUUACAGAUAAAAGUGUGGAUGAGACAAGUGACAGCUCUGGUGUUGGCACUGCCACAAGUGACUUGAGCAAUUCUAUCAGUCUACCUGGAACAACAGUUAUCUGCUUAGAGAACUACAGUUCUAAUCUUCCUGGUCACCUGAGUAUUAUGCAAGGAGAUAUUCUGGAAGUGACGGGGGCCACAGACUGUGGACUUCUUGAGGGAACAUUGCGUGGUAGGGGUUCUGGCCUUUUCCCAGCCCACUGCGUGCAAGAAGUCAUGCUAAGACCUGGAUCUGCGAAUGGCUCUGUAAGUGGAUCGGCUGGCUCCACCUCUACAUUAUGCCGAUCUACUGCACGAGUUCUUGGUAGACGAGAAGCAAACAACAAACAUUUUGCAACUGCACCUCGACAAAAGAAGCAGCUUGCUGCUGAACCAAGGACAGUUGUGCUACAUCGGUCGAGGAAAGGAUUUGGCUUCGUUUUGAGAGGUGCCAAAGCUACAUCACCUCUCAUGGAGUUACAACCAUCUGAACGAUGCCCUGGAUUGCAGUAUUUAGAUGAUGUUGACACUGGAGGAGUUGCAGAUUUGGCUGGCCUUCGUAAAGGAGAUUACCUUGUUGCUAUUAAUGGGGAAGAUGUGUCUUCGGCCUCACAUGAGCAUGUGGUGUCACUCAUCCGACGGUCAGGUGAUUUGGUCCAAAUGACUGUUGUCUCCGCCUCAGCUAUGGGAAUCAGCACAGUCCCCAAUUCUAAGUCAAGCAUGACAUUUUCGUGCUCUGGUAGCAAUGGAACAGGUACUGCACCUUCCACUCCCCCUACCAGGCAAUAUGCUACUCUUCCUCGAAAACUGAGUAACAACAGCACUCUUGGACGUUCCCCUGCACCUCUGCCACCAAGAAGAGAUCCCCGCACUACUCUUAGUGUUGGACGAGCUCGAGCAAGAUCUAUGGUUGCUGGACUUGAGGGUGGAGGUGAACGUGAAGAAGGCUUGGACAAUAGCACCGGCAGAAGUAGCAGUGCUGAGUCCAUCCACUGUGCAUCAGGUUCCAACUCCAAUACAGGCUCCAUAGCAGGAGGACUCAACAUGAGCCACGCCUUGCAAGGCAACGGUAACCAACCGCGGACUGCCUCCAUUCGCGCUCGACCCACCUCGUCCAGAAUAACCGCAACAGAACUGGAAGAACUUUUCCAACGCCAGCAGGGUAGUGGAGGCUCUGCUCUCAUGAGCUCAUACUUUCAGUGUGGCAUGGGUGGGAGUGCCUCAUCAUCUCAGCCUGCCUCUCCCGCGAGGACACCUCGCGUUUACAACAGUGUGGCUGAAAUGAAACGAAUGAAAGGCAAGGCUAAUACUAGAGUCCGCUUUUCAAUUGCUGGUAUAUCUGGAAUAUCAGAACUUCAUCGCGAUUUCCACAGCACACCAGAUCUUGCUGCUCGUUCUGGCAUUUAUAAUGGUCUGCCCAAUGGAUCCAUUGAUCAUCGUGUGCCAAAGGGUCAUCGCAGUGAAGAUGAUGUUACUACUAUAAUUAAUGGUCGUCCCCCUCUUCCACCUCCUAAUCAUCCACCACCACCUCCACCCACUCAGAUUGUCAAAGUGGACUUAAAGGACUCAAAUGGUUCAAGUAAAGGAGAAUAUAUUAAUACUGCUGGUCUUGUGCCAGAUUCAAAUGAAAGUUAUAUGUCAAGCUUCAGGCCAUCGAGCAGUGCUAAAUUGUAUGCCUCACCAGAUGAAAUAAAAGCUGUUGGUUAUAGAUCUACUGUUCCUGCCAACUCUAGACCUCAAGUUCGCAAGUCUCAAAGUUUGCGCUCUCCUCCAACAACUCACAAACCAACACUUCAACACCAAAUGUCAGAUCAAGGUCCUACUCUUGUUACCACCAUUUCAAUUGGGUCUAGUACAGGCACUAACGCAACUACAAAUGGAACUAAUUCAGACACGAAUCAGUAUGCUCAACCAUUUAGAUGUAGGCGUAGCCUGAGUACCAAAGAGAGACGAGAGGCCAAGAGUCGUCUUAUGGCUAACCAAGCCGCGGCCAAUGCAUCUCAGGUUGGAGGACCACCCAUACCAGAUCCUGACUACAGCUUGAGCGAAGGAGAGGGUAGUGAAGGGGACUCUCGGGAAGUGGAAGGAGCUGUUGUGAAGGGCUCAACUACUAAUAAUGAAGGCAGCGGAAAUUCAGAAAGCUCCAGUGGUAGUGGAAGUUUAACUCAUAGUUUUAGUGUUGAUGAAAUUCAAAAGGUUCGCACUCGAUUGAAGAGUUCCAAAUCUUAUCCAAAUGACUUCCUUCUAAACCAGGAUGGAACUAAAGAUGGAAAUGAAGGAGCUAUUGAAGAUGGAGAUAACUCAUCAAGUGGGGUCAGCUCAGAUCAAGAUAUCCCCAUUGGUCCAUCAUCUCUUGAACAAAACCAGCCAAUUCGUACUGUGAAGUUCCAACAAAAGCCAUCUCAGGUCAUUACAUCAUGUAUGACUCUACCAUCUCAACGACAGCAACAACAGCAAAGAGCUGCAUACCACUCCCAAGGUAUUCUGACUCGCAAUGCAGUUUCACUGGCGCAGCUUCCACCUCCUCUAGAGGCAGAAGCUGAUGAGCCAGCUCCCGAGGGAGUAUUUGUCCCACCACCACCACAGUUUGGAGCUGCAGGUGGACCCACUCCAACUGAAGAAGUAUUUGCACCUCCUCCACAGUUUUGUGAUAAUCGCUUGGUUACAAGGGUUCGAAUCGUCGGCACCACCCCGAAAGGCGUGCCAUCAAUGGGAGGAGGAAGAUUAAACAGUCAGUAAUUAUUUUUAUAGUGAAAUUCAAUUAUCUUUUCUCUCUUAAUUCAUCAGGCCUGUAGUCUGAUUUUAUGUCAUUUGGAGUAUUGCCUCCGCAGUCAUUUAUGUUAAACUAUUACUUUAUUUAUCAUACAUAUUAUGCAAUCAUUGUGACCCAACUGAACUGAAAGAUUUAUCAGUUACAUGUUGCUUUUAGGAUGAGCUCCGCCCUUUGGAACAAUUCAGCUCCAUGCGCUAAUGAACAUUUGAGAGCUAAGGCAAUCAGCAAAAUUUAUCUAUCUAUAGUGUUCUAUUCAGUAUUUAACAUGUAAAUACAGUAUGUAGUAGAUAAAAUAUGUAUAAAGUUAACUGAGACUGUAUAGUAACAAUACUUUACAUUGAAAUUUAUCUUACUGUCACAGGGAAACCAUUUGCUCGAAGACAGAUGUGAUAAUGUAAACAAAUGUAAGGCCUUGUACCAAUUAUCUUUUGUGUAGGUGUGUCUAGGCUUAUCUAGUUUUAGAAACCAUUGCCAUUUUUGAAAUCAAUGUUGAGCGUUUGUCACCGAGCAUUCUGGUGAAGUAACUUCAGUUUACAACAACUGUUACUAUUGAUGUAGAUACUUUCAGGCUCAAUUUGUUUUCUUUACUUUCCGAGUUUUGUGCAAACUAUCAAGUGCAAACUAUCAAGUAUGAGUAGCAGUCAACUGCGAAAAGAAGCAAUUUAAAAAUGUGAAAUUAACUUUUCAUGUUUUCUUUGCUUAAACCCUUAUGUAAGACUUGCUGAAGUUGUUUACCUUUUCUAAUCUAUAUAUUUCAAGGAACAUUUUGCUGAAUUUCAUCUGAAGUACUGUAAGCUCAAUCUCAAUGGAAGCCUCAAAGCAUUUCUUCAAGUUAUGGUGUUCAAACACCAGGAAAUUUAUUAUAUUUCAAAGUAUUCAUUAAUAUGUUAUGCAUUAUGCUUAACCCAAUCAAUUUUAAAAAUAGAUUUUUAAUUCUAUCUUUUCUCUUGCAUGAUAAUUAUUGAUCUUAAUGGGCCUACUGUGUAUGAAUUUAAUUCCUCAAUUAGAAAGAAUUUUUUAAUCUACUGUUACAAAGUUCAAAAAGUAAUAAGUACACAUUAUUCUCUGUUUUGAAUGAGUCUCACUUUUCUAUAUUUUGAUCAACAAUGACAUUGUCAUUUGUUCUGGUUUGAACUGAUUGUAAUUCUGGAAGUGAGAGCAUGUAUUAAAUUAUAGGUAGUUGUUUCAGCACAAGUAGGGCCCAUCUCAUUUUUGAUGACGCGUGUAUCAAAGCCUGGAACAUAUCCCAAGGAAAAUGUGGUUCUUGUGAAGUCAUCAUUGUGAUCUCCUUUAGAGUUACAAUGUCACAAUUUUUGCACUUGUUAGGUCACCAGUGAGGUCACAAGUAUCAAAAUGGUGACUUGGUAACUCAUUAAGAGAUCACUAUGAGGUCAUUGUGAAAUCAACAUUUUCCAUUUUCCAGACACACAUGAAUUCUAAUCAUCAAUUAUUUCAUGUUCUCCUUAGGAGUCAUCACUCCAUCCCCAACCUCCCCCUUCUUCCCCUGAUAAAAAUCAAUCCAAGGAAAUGUUGUGACUGGAUGUACUACGUGUAAAUUUGUUGUUUGCUGAAGGUGGCAAAGCUGCUGUUAAAGUAAACAAAAUUUUGCUCUCUUCAAUUUGAGAGUUUCUCUCAGUAGAGCUUACUGAUGUUUAUAUGAAUGAAUUUUAUUGUCCUUUAUGUACCUGUCUUCUCUUUGUAAAUAUAUGCUAAAGCAUUGCCAGAUUAACUUUUCUUGUGUUAAGAAAGCUGUUGUGUUAUUAUUGUUUGUUUCUCGUUAUUGUUUUUUUAGAUGGCACUUUUCAUUUUAUAUAAAGAUAGUGGGGUAAAAUGGAUAAAGCUCAAUGAAGGCUGUCAAUGAAGUAGUUGUCAAAAUUGUCAAUUCGACCAUAUAUAUGGAAUGUACAUUCCUGAGUACAUACAUGCAAGCAGUGAGAGUCAUGUUGCCAAAUAAUGAAUUUUAAUGUCCACUUAUCAACUUAUGUCUUUCAAAAUUUUCUAAAAAGCAAAUUAUUUAGUUAGCUCUCAUACCUUCUUUUCCUAUAAAUGACAUCUUUUACAAUAAUGUGACUGGAUUACUAGCACACAAUUUUUUUACAGUACAUUUAAACAAAGCAUGAGUCUGUCUGUGCAGUAUUAUCUCAAAUAUUCACAGGACAGAUGGAAAUGAUUUUCCACUCUUGGUAACGACAUUUAAGUGGAGGUUAUUUUGCUUGAAAUCCAAACCGUUGUUGCAAAGACAGCUGGCAUGUUACCAACAUUCCCAGAAAUGUGAAUUGUUGCACCUCUUAUAAAGUUUCAAGUGCCAAAUCUGAGGUUCAAUGCUUUACCGUGGUAUCAGCAUGUUUUAUCAGCUGUUAAUUGUGAUUCAGAUAUCACCAGUUAGGUGUGCUUUAUGCAGUAUUAUUUUUCAAAUCAAGAACCUGCCUUACCCCUAUGCCAAAAAGUGAAAAAUAUAUUAUUAACUUGCAAUAAAGUGUGAAAACCAGA